AUGAAUGAAAAGGGAACGCAAGUCGCAAUAGGUUCUAAAAAAGUGGUUCAAAGCAGUUGUAGCACACAAACACCAGGCGAAGCCCCGAAAAAAGACCAAGCAACACAAAGUGGACUAGGAAAAGGAAGUUAUGCGCGUGAUGAAAGGAAAGCAGACAGAAAAUGGCGUUACGAUGUCCUGAUCGUUAAACUGCACGAUAAAGAUAGGCUGAUUGAUUGGUUGAUGGAGGAAGGAUUGCUAGCCAAGUCGCGAGUUUGCUCGGUAUGUGGUGAUGACCUUAAACUUGUUUAUUGUGAAGAUCGUUCCGAUGGUUUAAAAUGGGAGUGCAGACGACGCGUCGAUGGCAAAAGACACAAGGUGGAGAUGUCGAUAAGAGCAGGAAGCUGGUUUGCACAGAGCAAAAUGACACUUGAAGAGAUUUUGAAAUACAGUUACUGGUGGACCCAAGAAUUGGAUCAGGCCCAAAUAAGACACGAGCUUGGACUAGCAACACACACAGGAGUAGACUGGGACAGUUUUUGUCGUGAAGUAUGCGAAAUAUCGUUAAUGGAGGAUAGUGAGAGCAUCGGUGGUGAGGGCAAAGUAGUGCAGAUUGAUGAGAGCAAAUUUGGAAAGCGAAAGUAUCAUCGCGGGCAU